AUGACUGAGGAUUCUAAGUUAUGGGAUAUCAUAUGCGAUGGUCCUUAUGUUACAACAAAGGUACUGGAAGAACUUCCAUAUUCGAUGGCAAAAACCAGUAAAGAAUACACUGACGCAGACAAGAAAGCUGUGGAGAAGAAUUUUCAUGCCAAGAAGAUUCUAGUAUGCAGAAUAGUACCUGAAGAAUAUAAUAGAAUCUCCACCUGCGACACUGCCAAGGAGAUAUGGGAAGCUUUGCAAACAGCUCAUGAGGGAACCACACAAGUAAAACAGUCUAAGAUCGAUAUGCUCACUACCGAAAACAAGCUAGUGAGGAAGAUCCUCAGCAUUCUGCCUAGCCCGUGGGAAAGCAAGGUGAAUGCUAUUACUGAAUCAAAAGACUUACAGGAGCUGACCAUAGAAGAGCUGGUCGGAAAUUUGAAGAUCUACGAGAUGAAGAAAAAGAUAGACAGUGAAAGAAGAGAACCAAAGAAGGAAAAGAAUCUGAUACAUAAAGCUAUAAUGACUCAAGUGAGGAAGACACCUGGACACUUCAUGAAAGACUGUCCUCUCUUGAAGCAAGAAUUAUCCGAGAACUAUAAUGAGAAAGCAGCUAAGAGGAACCCGGUUCCUUUCAAGGACUUCAAAAGAAAAAGAUCCGGUGACCAUAUGGUGAAACAGGCUCUUGCUGCAUGGGGGGAAUCCUCCAGUGAGUCUGAAGAUGAAUAUGAUGUGGGUGAUAGUUCCAUGAUGGCAGUAGAAGGCGAGAAAAUUGAAUAUGACUCAACUCUUGUGGCGGAUAGGGAUUCUUUGACCUUAGAACUAGGAGAAUCUGAACAAACUAGAAACGACUUAGUGGCUGUAGUUAUUGACCAUAAGGAAACCAUUGAAAUCUUCAGAAAAGAAAAAAAUGAUCUUUUGGCAGUAAUUGCUGACCUAAGGGUAACAAUAGUGAGACCAGGGACUAAGUCAAAUCCUGAAAAUUCUGGAAAGGGAAAGGAGAUAGCUAGUGAGGAACACAUUAGGCUUGAAAAUGAAGUGAAAGCUAUGAGAACUAGGAUGUGUGUUGAAAUUGAGAAAACCAAGCUCCUUCAAACUGAUCUAGAAAGAGUAAAGAAUGAUCUUGAAAAGUCCCUAAAGUGA